AUGGACGCAACUCAUCCCACGGCAGGCUGGGAGAAGGUCGGCGAGGUCUUCUACCGCAAGAUCCAGCUCUAUACGGCCGUCUUUGACCAGGACCUGGACCUGGACAGCCACGUUGUUGCCGGAGCACUCUAUGGGGGUGCUAUUGCAUUGUUCCGCGACGAGAGCAAGAUCGUCGCAUACCGAGCAAGCAAGUCAUCAAAACCAAGCAUAGAUAUCUAUAGCUGCGCUGGGAAGCUGAUCCGAAGCAUCGCCUGGGAGAAGGGCUCAAUCAAGGGUCUUGGCUGGUCAGAGGACGAAAAGCUCCUCGUGGUGACCACCGACGGUUCCGUGCGGUGUUACUACGAUCUCCAGGGAGAGUUUACCCAGUUCUCUCUGGGCAACGGCGCCGAAGAAUAUGGCGUCAAGUCCUGCCGCGUCUCUCCUAAUGGAAAAUUUGCCGCCUUGUAUACGGAGACGGGAAAGGCGCACGUCAUCACAAGUGACUUUCAGACUCGUCUGAGCGAGUAUGACUCCAAAUCAAAAACCCCUCCUAAAUAUCUGGCAUGGUGUGGUAACGAUGGCGUCGUCAUCGCUUGGGAAGAUGAGGUUCACAUUGUCGGCCCUGGAGGUGCAGUCACUCAGUUCUUCUAUGACGGCAGGAUACAUGUCGUCCAAGAUCACGAUGGUGUGCGUAUCAUAACGAAUGAUGUUUGUGACUACCUACAAAAGGUACCUGAAGUCACAGACAAGGUAUUCAGAUUUGGGACCGAAUCUCCAGCUUCCAUCUUGCUGGACGCAGUGGCGCAAUUGGAGAUUCAGUCCCCCAAAGCAGACGACAAUAUCCAGCUCAUUCGAUCAAAUCUUGUCGAGGCUGUAGACACAUGCGUUAAUGCCGCAGGUCAUGAGUUCAGUGUUCACUGGCAGAAGCAGUUGCUCAAGGCGGCGUCUUUCGGCAAGUCGGUCCUGGACAUAUACAACAGCGAUGAUUUCGUGGAUAUGUGCGAGACAUUGCGCGUUCUCAAUGCUGUGCGCUUCUACGAGGUAGGCCUACCGCUGUCGUACGAGCAAUAUCAGCGACUGACCCCCGAGGGCCUCAUCGCUCGGCUCCUCAACCGCCAUGAAUACCUUCUUGCUCUACGCAUUGCAGGCUAUCUGCAUCUACCCACUGACAAGAUUUACGUCCACUGGGCAAGUGCCAAAGUGCGAACAGGCUCUGAGGACGAUGACACCAUCUGUCGACUCAUCGUAGACAAGCUGGGUGGGAGGCCAGGCAUUUCCUUUGAGGUUAUUGCCAGGGCUGCAUAUGACGAAGGACGCGGUAGACUGGCCACCGAGCUGCUCAACCACGAGCCACGUGCGGGUCGUCAGGUACCACUUCUACUCAGCAUGGAGGAGGAUGAGCUCGCCCUCGACAAAGCCAUCGAGUCCGGCGAUACGGACCUCGUGUACUUUGUGCUGCAUCAGCUGCGUCGCAAGCUACCACUGGCCGCAUUCUUCCGCACAAUCAACACACGACCGGUCGCCACCGCGCUGGUGGAGUCGUCUGCCCUUCACGAUGGGGACACGACACUGCUCAAAGAUCUCUAUUACCAAGACGACAGACGGCUCGAUGGCGCAUCGGUGUUCAUGAAUGAGGCUCUCAAACAGCCGGAUAGCCGGACAGCGACCGAUAAGCUGGCGCUGGCGGCGAAGCUGCUUAGCGACAACAGCAAAGAAAACGCCUUUGAGCUGGCUGCGCUCAAGGAGGCGGCGACCCUCCUCCGCAUGCAGGAGGCGUUCGACCGGGACCUCACCGACACGUUUACGGGCCUGAGCGUCAACGAGACGAUGUUCAAGCUGAUUCGUCUAGGAUACAGUGGGCGGGCGAAGAAGAUCCAAAGCGAGUUCAGGGUGCCGGAGAAGGUGGCUUGGUGGAUACGACUACGCGCAUUUGUAGCGAAGCGCGACUGGAACGAGAUUGAGGAAAUCUCCAAGCAGCGAAAGAGUCCCAUCGGGUGGGAGCCUUUCUACAAUCUCGUCUUGCAAGCCGGCAACCCACGUCUGGCAGCAACCUUCAUCCCCAAGUGCACCAAUCUCGAGCACGGCGCCGCCAUCACCAUGUACGAGAAGUGCGGCAUGCGCGUCAAGGCGGCCGAGGAGGCGGUCAAGGCGAAGGACGCGGAUGCCUGGACUAGGCUGCUCGACGCGGCUGGCCGAGGCACGCAGGAGGGCAGGGAGAUCGAGCGGCUGGGGCAGACUGUUUUCAAGAAGUGA